UUUCUUUUGUGUUAUGUUAUGAAAUCCUGAUUAAUGGGUCUACAGUAUAUAUAGAGUUAGGCAGAUGGAUAGAGUCAUAUUUACUAAUAACUAGCUUUGGCCUACAAUUUGAUAUGGUAACAGCUGUAAUGUUAAUUGUAGUUACAACAAUUAGCGGGUUAGUUCAUGUGUAUUCUACAAGUUAUAUGAGAGAAGAUCCCCACUUACCUAGGUUUAUGAGUUAUCUGUCUUUAUUUACCUUUUUUAUGUUAAUUUUAAUUACUAGUAAUAAUUAUGUGCAAUUAUUUAUUGGUUGGGAGGGUGUUGGUUUAUGUUCUUAUUUAUUAAUCAACUUUUGGUUUACGCGCAUACAAGCUAAUAAGGCGGCAAUUAAAGCAAUGUUAAUCAAUAGAAUAGGAGACAUAGGAUUAAUGCUGGCUAUUAUAUUAAUCUGGAAAGAAUUUGGGGCAGUAGAUUACUGUAGUUUAUUUCCGGCUUUAUCACCAUCUUCAGCUUGUACUUGGAUUUGUAUAUUAUUAACUAUAGGGGCUGUAGGAAAAUCUGCUCAAUUAGGGUUACAUACUUGGUUGCCGGAUGCUAUGGAAGGGCCGACACCUGUUUCGGCCCUAAUUCAUGCAGCAACAAUGGUAACAGCAGGAGUAUUUUUAAUUAUAAGAUCAGCUCCCCUUUUUGAUUACUCUCCAACUGCAACAAUAAUUGUAGGCUUAGUUGGUUCCUUAACUGCUUUUUUUGCAGCUACAGUAGGAUUAGUCCAAUCGGAUAUAAAAAAAGUUAUUGCUUAUUCUACUUGUAGUCAACUAGGAUACAUGGUGAUGGCUUGCGGUACUUAUAGCUGUCUAAGUAGUUUGUAUCAUUUACUAACUCAUGCUUUCUUUAAGGCUUUAUUAUUCUUAGGAGCAGGCUCAAUAAUUCAUGCCCUUUUGGAUGAACAAGAUCUUAGGAAGAUGGGGGGGAUAAUCCGAGGUCUACCUCUAACAUAUGUAUUAAUGUUGAUUGGUUCCUUAUCUUUAGCUGGUUUUCCCUAUUUAUCUGGAUUUUACUCCAAAGACUUAAUAUUAGAAUUAACUUAUAAUAAUUAUUGUAUAAUAUCUAUUUAUUGGUUAGCUUCAAUUACAGCCUUCUUAACUGCUUUUUAUUCAUUCCGAUUAAUAUACUUAAGUUUUGUGUCUAAACCUAAUUUAACACGUAUAAGCGCACAACACUUACAAGAAGCUGAUUGGAAUUUAUUGGGUCCUUUAUUAGUAUUAGCAAUAGGAAGUAUCCUAGUUGGUUAUAUAGCUCAAAAUAUGGUGUUUGCACCAGGUGAACGUCCCUUGCCGCUUGUACCUACAAUAGUCUCUUUAGCACCAGUUAUUAUGUCUGUAACAGGAAUAUUAUUAGUGUUCAUACUUCGUCCAUAUAUUAUAUAUUAUACUACACACCCUAGCAUAUAUGGUUUCUUAUUUUAUGCUUGGGAAUUUAAUCAAAUAGCAAAUUAUUAUAUUGGAAGUACAGUUUGGAAGUUCGGCCAUAUUGUCUCUUAUCGUAUCAUUGAUAGGGUAUUUUAGAGAUUUUAGGUCCCACUGGGAUAGCCCAAUUCAUGGUCAACAGAACUAAAGAGUUAAGCAGUUUACAAUCUGGUUUAGUAUUUAAUUAUGCAUUAAUGAUAUUAGUUGGAACAGCUAUCGCACUUAAGUACCUAGUCGUAAAUUAGAAACA